UAUCUCAAAAAUUCAAAUUCCUGCAAAAUUACCUUUCAUCUCCCCUGUUUAAAGCAUUGUUUAAUUUGACCUUAUAAACAGAACGCAUGUGGAUGAAAUUGGACCAGGUUUUAGUGUUAAAAGUGUGGGUGGUUCACAGUUAUUUUGGUUGGAUGUUACACUCCUCUUCCCCCUUAUUUGCCUGAGAUUGAAGCAAGUGUUAUCGACAGCACACCCACUGGUGCACACACACUUCUUGUCCUUGUGUGCAACAUUUUUGCGACUGCAGAGAGACUCAGACAUACGAGUGGACAUCAGCAAUCGAAAUAUUUUCCUUUUUGCAUGUCAUCAUGCGCUGGUUGCUGGCUGGAUACUGCGGGCUUGCUCUGAUCAACAUCUCAGUGGCUCUAAACAUCAUCAAUCCGAUCAGACAGAAGCCGCGGUUCUAUGGAGUGAUGACCUACAAGCCAGCCGUGGUCAUUUACUGUUUGAGCCCCAAGCAAAACCAGUCAGCCACUGUGGAGUGGUACAAGGCUAACAAGUACAAUGAAGUUCAAGAAAACAGAAUACGGAUAUACCCAGAUGGCAAAAAAAUAGAAAUGAAUCCCAGGGAAAUUACUACGCUCCGUUCCAUUCUCCAAAUCUUUAAUCCGAGGAUCAUGGACACAGGAGUGUACUUCUGCAAGUUAAACGACGAAUGGGGACCUGGCACUGAAGUUCAAAUUACCAGACCACUUCUCCGUGACAAGGCACUGUACAGGAGCAAUAUCAAGGAUGGUCUCAUUGUCCUGCAGGGCCUGCUGCUGGCUGUGUGUAUUGCUGCUGUACUGCUACAUAAACGAACAAUGGGUGAAAAGUCUGACAGCAUUUAUGAGGAGCCUGAAACUGAUCACAUCUAUGAGGGUUUGGCGAUUGAGACAUGUGGAGGAGGUCUGUACGAGGAACUCUCUGUUUACGCCCAGCCCGAAGGAGCCGAGGCCCCGUGGGAGUGAGACUGAACUACUUCUAACCUCCACACUUCACCUUAACGUCUAAAUUAUAUGCUGUAAAGAGUCAGAUGUGCAGAUCGGUAAUUUUCUUGAGUUUUUUGUAAAUGUGCGACACCUUUUUUAGCUUUUUCUAAACCGCUUGUAAUAUCUGCUGUUGAUUUUAGGCUGUUUAAUGACUCUGGAUUGAAUUAAUCAGGUUCGAUUUCACAUUUUUUGGUGCUUAAAGAGACUUUUUUUGUGUGUGUUUGUGUGUGUGGUUUUAAAAAUGGCUUUUCUGGCUUUGACAGUUUGAUUAUUUAAGAACAAGCUCUUCACAGAUGUGGUGUGCACUAGAGCCUGAGCUACUUAUUCCUGCUGUGUGAUUAUGUUAGAGAAUAUGUAAAGGGAAUAAAAGCAAUAAAGACAGAAUCCA